AUGUGGGCCCACAGCUCCAAACAGCCACUGUCCAACAAACAUCCCACGAUCCUAGCAGUGGUAGAGCAGUUCAGCUUUGCCCAAGCUCCCCUCGGCAAAGACACUGUGGAACUGGUUUUGCUGAAGUGGAACAAUGAGAACUGUGUGGUUGUGGAGUGGAAGAAAAGUGUGAAGACUCAGUAUGCCCCGGCUGCCAAUAACGCAAGGCUGGUGACUGCCCAGGUGGCAUUCAUGCUCACAUUCCUCAUGUUCUGUCAGGAAGGUACCAAAAAGUUUGAUGACUGCAAUCACGUUCGAGCCUACGAAUACUACAACGAGAGCAUGGUUAAAAGUCUAGGCUUUGUGGGAUUCCACUGCUCUGACUCGGAACGUUUUGCUGCAGGAAAGUGUUUCCCAUGUGCAGACAACAAAUGUCCUCUGAUGGGCCAUUAUGCUGACAGGCACACUGUGAUUGAUGGCAUUUCACAGAAGUACUUUCUUAACACGGGAAGUUCAACGCCCUUUGGCCGUUACAGCUACAGAAUGAAGGUAAACCUGGAUGGUCCCAGCUGGUCUAACCCAGGCAUCGUGUAUGUGGCAUUGGCUGGAGACACUGACUGCACAAAGGAGUACACGCUUCAUGUGGGGAUCGUGACUCCUGGAAGGACCUAUGAGAUGCUGAUAGACACCGAGGUGGACGUGGGGGAUGUGACAGAGGUGACGUUUCAGUGGAACAACCCCACAAUCUUCAACCCCAUGAAUCCCAAGUAUGGGGCAUCCAUGGUGGAGCUGCAGAGUAAAAUACAAGAAGAUGUAAGUUAGAUCUUCUUUUGUGGAACUGAGAAUGUCGAGGAGAAUAGGAUCCAGCAAGUGCUUCCAUGCUUCAGCCGCAGCCAACCUUUUACAUGCUUUUUUAAUAAAGAUUUUGCAUUCAGACCUCUGAGCUCCUUAAUUUGGCCCUAUGUGCUUUGCAGGAUGUAA